GUUUCGAUUACUGAAACAAAGCAACCGGUUGAUUUCAUCUGGACAACGCUACGACAACGUCCGGCAACUAACGCAUAGCUGGCGAUAAUUCCUCGAUAAUAGCUCGAUAACGGGUCUCAUUGUCCCAUGGAAUUUCAACAGAACAGUGCAACAACGACGGUGUUCGGCGACGCCGCGACCACCGACACGCCGAAAAUCUCCUCGCCUUUGUAUCGACGCAAUAUGACACCGGAUAAACGAAGUCCCGGCUCUAUUUACUGCCGAAUUUGUCACGAAGAUGGAGGCGUGGAAGAAUUGAUAGAUCCUUGUGAAUGCUCUGGUACGUUGGGCUUAAUCCAUGCAUGUUGUUUAGAAAAAUGGUUGUCUAUGUCGAACACAGAUCGUUGCGAGAUUUGUAAACAUUCGUUUGCGAUACAGAGGCAGAAUAAACCAUUAUCACAGUCUUUCAGGCAAUGGUGGAGGACUAGGAAUAUAUAUGGACCUCAAGGUGUAGCUGGUGAUGUAGUGUGCUUGGUAUUGUUAACUCCACUUUGUAUUGCGGCAACAUACUUGUGUGCAGUUGGUGCAUUUGCUUACACCAAACGUGGUUUUUGGGAAGGAACAGGUUUGGCUGCUCUUUGUUGCAUGCUAGUGACCACUUAUUGUUUGUGGUUGAUUGUCACUAUCAGGUUUCAUUUUAAGUCGUGGAAACAGUGGCGCAGAAGAAAUCAAGAUGUCAAGCUAAUAGUGAAACAUAAGUCUGAAGUAUUGUCGAAUUUUCAAAUCCUUUAA